AUGAUGCAAAUGAAAGGAAAGCCAAUUCACAACGGAUCCAAUCCGGAAGCCGAAACAUGUUUUGGAUGUGUGAAGAUGACUCUCAUCGUAAUCCACUCAAUAUCCCUGGUACUAAUGUGCUUCGUGGCCGUUAUGUUUAUCGCCGAUCAUAACAAUAAUAAAGUCGAUGUCGAUGCCAAUGGACUCAAAACAUUUAUGGGAAUAUUUGUGAUCGUGUUUACCGUGUUUGAGGUGAUAGUCAUCAUCGGUAUCGUACGUGAGGACAAGACCGUUGUAUUCGUGUAUCUGGUGUUGGGGGUCAUUGGCAUCGUUUACAACCUGUUCGUGCAGCCCAUGCCCACCAAUAUACUCAGCAUUAUAGUGGUCUCAUUGACCGCUUAUUUUGCUUAUAUGAUCGUCAAGAAGGACAGACAAGUCGUCUAA